CGCGGGAUGGGGGCCUGCUCUUACUGGGGGCCGGGGCUGCUGCUGUUAGGCUGCGCCCUGCUCUCCGCCGUGCUAACCGACGGCGAUGGACGUGGCUCCGGCGGAGUAUCGGCUCUACCCCCAGGCUGCAAGCAGGACGGCAGGCCCAAGGGAUCAGGCAAGGCGGCCAGCUCCGAGCCCGGGAGGGUGGUCUGCAACAGCCUGGACACCGGCAGGAGCUUCCCGCUGGGACCCCUGCCCAACCGGACCAGCACCCUAAUUCUCAACGGGAAUAAGAUCACUGGACUGCCAAAUGGUUCAUUUGAAGGCUUGAGUUUUCUUGAAAGGCUGGAUCUUCGAAAUAAUCUGAUCAGUUCUAUCGAGCCAGGUGCAUUUCUAGGACUUGAAUCUCUUAAAAGGCUAGAUCUGGCCAACAACAGAGUAGGAUGUAUCAGCGCAGACAUAUUUAAAGGACUCACUAAUCUGGUCCGGCUAAACCUUUCUGGAAACUCCUUUUCCUCUUUGGCUCAAGGAACAUUUUCCAACAUGGCUGCUUUAAAAGCAAUAGAGUUUCAGACCGAUAACCUUAUAUGUGACUGUAACCUUCUUUGGGUGUUACGUUGGAUAAAAGAAAAAAACAUAACGGUACGCGAAACUAAAUGUGCUUUUCCCAAGUCCCUGCAAGGACAGUCAGUUACAGCGGUGAAGCCAGAACAGUUGACAUGUGAAGCUCCACUCGAUCUGCCAUCGUUUUACAUGACCCCAUCACAUCGUCAGGUUGUUUUUGAAGGGGACAGUCUUCCAUUCCAGUGCAUGGCUUCCUACAUUGACCAGGACAUGCAGGUGCUAUGGUAUCAAGAUGGGAAGAUUGUGGAAACGGAUGAGUCGCAGGGGAUUUUUGUGGAGAAGAACACUAUUCACAAUUGCUCGUUAAUAGCAAGUGCUCUCACCAUCUCAAAUAUUCAAGCUGGCUCCACUGGGAACUGGGGUUGCCAAGUCCAAAGCAGGCGUGGUAAUAACACAAGGACAGUGGAUAUUGUGGUGCUGGAGAGUUCCCCUCAAUACUGCCCUUCAGAGAGGGUUAUAAAUAAUAAAGGAGAUUUCAGGUGGCCGAGAACAUUGGCAGGCAUCACUGCAUACCUACCGUGCACGCGGUAUUCUGUUGGCAGUGUCAUAUAUCCUGGCACUCAGCAAGAUGACAUAAGAGCUUGGCGCAGAUGCGACCGAGGGGGCUUUUGGGCAGAGGAAGAUUAUUCCCAGUGUCAGUAUGCAAAUGAUGUCACACGAGUUCUUUUUAUGUUCAAUCAGAUGGCACUCAAUGUCACAAACAUUGUAACAACAGCAAAACAACUACUUGCUUACACAGUGGAAGCAGCAAACUUCUCCGACAAGAUGGAUGUUAUCUUUGUUGCAGAGAGCAUUGAAAGUUUUGGGAGAUUUGUUGAGAAACACAAAGAGCUUGGGGAUGUUAUGGUAGACAUAGCGAGCAACAUAAUGCUGGCUGAUGAGCGAGUUCUAUGGGCGGCACAGAAAGAGGUAAAAGCUUGCACACGUAUAGUGCAAUGCUUACAGCGCAUCUCUACAUAUCGUCUUGUAAAUGGAGCACAAGUAUAUUCCACAUAUUCCCCAAACAUUGCUUUAGAAGCAUAUGUAAUAAAAUCCAACCUCUUUACCGGGAUGACUUGCACAGUUUUUCAGAAAGUGACUGCAUCAGAACGCUCUAUACUUGGUGAUUCAGGGAAACGAGAUCCAGAUGGCAUUCUGGAUAAACAGCUAAGCUUUAAGUGCAAUGUUUCAAACACAUUUAGCAGCUUGGCAUUAAAGAACACUAUUGUGGAGGCUUCCAUUCAGCUUCCUUCAGCACUUUUUGUACCAAAAGAAAAGAGACAGAAAAGAGGACUAGAUGAAUCUGUCUAUAGGCUUCAACUAAUUGCAUUUCGAAAUGGAAAGCUUUUUCCGUCCAUGGGGAACUCCACACACUUUGCCGAUGAUGGGAAGAGGAGAUCGGUGGUUAGCCCAGUAAUCCUUGCCAAGCUAGAUGGUCCAAAUAGAAGCAUUCCAUAUGUCCCUAUUAAUGUUACCUUGCGUCGUAUUGCUCAUGGUAAAGAUGCUGUGGCAGCUCAGUGGGAUUUCGAUCUGCUCAAUGGACUGGGCAGUUGGACAACAGAAGGCUGUGACAUAAUUGCGUCAGAUGAAAACAUAACAACUAUCCAAUGCAACUCUCUUGGGAACUAUGCAGUUUUAAUGGAUCUUGCAGACACAGAGGUAUACCUACAUACAAUAAAUCACUUGCAUCCAGUUGUUUACGCGUCCGCUGUCGUGUUGCUUUUGUGCCUGUUGAUGUUUCUUGUGAGUUACAUACACUUUCACAGUUUGGUGCGAGUUAGCCUGAAAACGUGGCACAUGUUGAUCAACCUCAGUCUUCACAUAUUCCUGACAUGUAUAAUAUAUGUUGGAGGCAUAACGCAAACAAAACACGCCAGUGUAUGCCAAGCGAUUGGAAUUCUUUUGCAUUACUCCACUCUCGCUACAAUACUUUGGGUGGGAGUUACCGCUCGCAAUAUAUAUAAACAAGUCACAAAAAAAGCCAAACGCCAGGACCCAGAUGAACUGCCUCCUCCUCCAAGACCGAUGCUUAGAUUUUACCUUAUUGGGGGUGGAAUUCCUGUCAUUGUAUGUGGCAUCACUGCAGCGGCAAACAUAAAGAAUUAUGGAAGUCAACCAAAUGCGCCAUAUUGCUGGAUGGCCUGGGAACCUAGCCUUGGAGCUUUUUAUGGUCCAGCAAGUUUCAUUGUGUUUAUAAAUUGCAUGUAUUUCCUUAGCAUCUUUAUUCAGCUAAAACGACACCCGGACCGAGUGUUUGAACUCAAAGAGCAAACAGAAGAGCAACAGCGGCUAGCUGCCAGCGAGAGUGGAGAGGGCAACUUACCAGAUUCUCUUUCUGUAUCUUUAGUAUCCAAUUCUGCUUUGGAGAAUGAGCAAACAUUUCAAGCACAGCUACUCGGUGCAAGUCUUACCUUGUUCCUUUAUGUCUCUCUCUGGAUUUUUGGUGCACUGGCUGUCUCUCUGGACUACCCAAUGGACCUGGUCUUCAGCUGUUUUUUUGGUGUAACCUGUUUAAGCCUUGGUGCCUUCCUGAUAGUUCACCACUGUAUGAACAGGGAAGAUUUGAGACGUGCUUUAAUAAAUACAUUCUGCAAUGGUAGGAGUGCAUAUUUUGUGCAAGUUAACGUUCCUCCGUCCAACUCAACUGGGACCAGUGGUGAAGCUCCAAAAUGUACGAACAGCAGUGCUGAAUCUUCUUGCACAAACAAAAGUGCUUCCAGCCUUAAAAAUUCGUCACAGGGCUGUAAGCUGACCAACAUACAAGCUGCCGCUGCCCAAUGUAACACAGUUCCUUUACCUUUAAACACCGUUCCACAGCAUGAUAAUAGCUUAACAGAACAUUCAGUGGAUAAUGACAUAAAAAUGCAUGUUGCACCAGUAGAGGUUCAGUAUCGACCCAAUGGUCCCCCAUCCAGGCAUCACAAAAAUAGAAGUAAAGGCCACAAAUCGAGUAGACUUACAGUUCUGAGAGAAUAUGCUUAUGAUGUUCCCACAAGUGUGGAAGGAAGUGUCCAAAGUGUCCAAAAUGCUUUGCCCAAAAGCCGACAUAGUUACUUGGAAGGACAUUCCAGGAGCCGUAGAGCUUAUUUGGCUUACAGAGAGCGUCAUUUCAACCAGUGCCAUCAAGACAGCAGUGAUGCCGCAAGCACUCUUCCUAGGUAUAACCGAAACUUGGAGAAGGUAGCUUUUAACAAUAACAAAAAAGACAUUUUGCGAGAACCAAUUGCGGUUGAACUUGAAAGCCAACAGAAAUCAUAUGGUUUAAAUUUGGCUGUUCAAAAUGAGCCAGUUAAAGACGAUGUCGCAGAAGACCCACCUAUUAAUGCAGACAGUAAUGGAAAUGUCCGGACGGGACUAUGGAAACAUGAAACUACUGUGUAGUAUUUCGCUAAUUUUGUACAAUAACAGAAUUUCAGAAGAACUGAGAAGAGGCAAUUCAUUUGAAGACUUGCUGAAUAUAAUGUUUACAGCCUGUUUUUAUAUAGGUUUUUUUGGUUAGAAUAUGAACUUCUGUCUUCAAACCACUUUUUUUUUGAAAAUGACAACAUUGUGUUAAAGUGUGGAUACUUUUUAAUUUUUUUUUAAGAAAAUAAUUUUUAUGUAUUUUUGACAUAUGAAUACUCUGUUCGUAAACAGUUUUUGUAUUUAAACUUGUAAUAAACAGUGUGUUUUUUAUUAUUAUUUUAUAUAAUAGGUACGAUCAUUUUCUAGAAGUGAAGUUU